ACAUCAGCGCUGUCGGCCUUGCUGUUUUUUGCAGGCCUGUCAAGUUCUUCUCGCUCGGCCGCAGCCGAUUUGAUGAAUUUUUCUCCGUCCCCUACAAGGAUGCAGAGUUGAAUUCGAAAGGCCGAUCUCAUCUUAGGAGGCACGCCGACUGAUUCGGCCCAUCUUUCGGCCACCGGUACUCGACCUCCGCCAAAAUGUCGCACUCGAAACCAGCGGGGCUCAGCAACCUCUUCACCUACAAAACUUUGGUUCAUGCAGUCGCUGGAGCCACGGGAAGCGUGGUGGCUAUGGCCACAUUCUACCCCUUGGAUACUGUGCGAUCUCGACUCCAAUUGGAAGAAAAGCGAGAAUCGAAGAACACGGUCGAGGUGAUCAAGGAUCUUGUCAAUGAUGAAGGAUUCUUCACCUUGUACCGGGGAAUGGUGCCCGUUCUGCAGAGCCUCUGCUGCUCCAACUUUGUCUACUUCUACACAUUCCACGGCCUCAAGUCCAUGAGAACCAAGCCUGCCCAACAAAAUGCAGGCAGAGACUUGAUGCUGGCUGCCCUUGCAGGAAUAGUCAAUGUUUGCGUAACAACCCCUCUCUGGGUGGUGAACACCCGACUAAAAAUGAAGGGUAUUGGUGCUAAGAGCGGCAGUCACGGAGAGACUGAAGUGCCAUUCAAUGGGCUGAUUGAUGGUCUCAAGUAUAUUGCUCGUACCGAAGGUGUCCUUGCCCUGUGGAAGGGCACAAUGCCCUCUCUGCUGUUGGUGACCAACCCCUCCUUGCAGUUCAUGGCCUAUGAGUCCAUCAAGAGGCGAUUGAUGGCUGGCAAGAAAGUCGGCGCAGAACUUGGCUCCCUCACCGUCUUUUUUGCUGGGGCGGCUGCAAAAGCCUUGGCCACCAUUGCGACCUACCCUCUGCAGAUAGUGCAGGCUAAACUGAGGCAUGGGCACACCUACCCGAACUUGAGGAAGAACGCCAACAUGUUCGAGCUCAUUGUCUACAUCAUUAAGAUUCAUGGUGUUGAAGGACUUUUCAAGGGCAUGGAGGCCAAGAUUUUGCAAACCAUUUCUACCGCAGCACUUAUGUUUGUGGCCUACGAGAAGAUUGCUGCGUUCGUGUUCCGCAUUUUGCUAAUGCAGAAGUCAAAGUAAUUCAAGUAUUCAGUUAGCCAGGAUGACCAUUUUAUUGUUAUUUAUUUAAAAUUUAUAUUAGCUUAGUUUCAAGAAGUUCAAAAAGGUCUUUGAAGUUGCUCUUGCCAAAAUUUGGUAAAGUCUGUGCGCCAGUUUAGAGUGAUUUAAAAUCAUGCUGUGAUGAUUGAUUUCCUUUAUCUUCUACUUAUGUAUGAUUUCUUGUUAUAUAUUUGCUCACAAUUUUGGUGAAAAUAAAUACAGAUACUCGUGUUUUUUAAUAAAAGCAACAUUUAUUUGAAA